CAAAACCACGUAUCGGCUCAUCCGAAAUAGCGUUUAACAAAAUCGUACUCCCAUUCAUAGUUUCGCUCUAGCGGUGGAAGGUGUUACACGUGACGCAGAGUAGCCCACUACGAUAGCGAGCGUAUAAUCGCGAUAUCCGAGAUAAUUUAGAGUGUAGUUUUGUUUGCGAGAUAAAAGUAAGGUGUGAUUGAUUGAAUUUUCCGACUUUUCGCGAUAACGAUAUGGAGUUCGACAGUAGAAAAACUAAAAGUGCACCGACAACACCCACAACUGAACCCUUGACCAAACCUUCGUACCAGAGGACCUUCAGUGCUUUCAGCAGAAUGAGCACAGAGAGCGAGAGGGUGAGGAAGAUGCAGAGGUACCGGAGGAUAUUCGAAGAGUGUGACAGAAAUGGAGACGGAGUUGUUACAGCAAAGGAAUUGUACAAAACACUGAGAAAAGAACACAACAUCGCACAUCACGUUGUUCACCAAAUUCUGGAUUUGGCAGAUCAAAAUGGGGAUGGUGAAUUAACAUUCGAAGAAUUUCAAACUUUGAUAGAACACCCUAAAUUGAAACCGUUAUUUAUGGGUGCUUUCACGAAAUACGUCGAGACCAUUAUACCUCCAAGAAGAAUAGGACAAAAAGGAAGGAUCCGUGUGGCCUUGGAAGAAGAUGAAUCUGACUUAGCCUACGAACAAGAAUUUUCCUGUUGUCCGCCUCCUAUAGGCCUACCAAUAAUGGCUAUAAUUACAAUCAUACCAUUCGUUAUAGAUGAAUAUAUAGAACCAGAUUCGACAUUAUCUGCCAGUGGAAAAAUCGGAAGAUGGCUCAUAUAUGAUCCCGCAAGACGAUACGAAAUUUGGAGGUUUUUCACAUACAUGUUCGUGCAUAUAGGGUAUCACCACCUUGUAGUCAAUCUAAUAGUCCUUCUGGUACUUGGGUUACCUCUAGAAAUGGUACACAAAAGCUGGAGGGUUCUAUCAAUUUAUUUUGCUGGGGUUUUGGCCGGAUCGCUGGCUACGUCUGUGAUAGAUCCUGAGAUAAAACUUGGAGGGGCCAGUGGAGGAGUGUAUGCUAUCAUAACUGCCCACAUUUCGACGCUCAUCUUGAACUGGAAACAAACUGCAUUUGCACCGUAUCAGAUGAUAGUCUUCUUGGGAAUAACCGUUUUGGAUCUAGGAGCUGCUUCAUACAGUCGUUUCAUAUCAAUGAGUUCUUCUCAUGAACAGAUUGGUGUUGUAGCUCAUUUAGCUGGAGCUGUGGCAGGAAUAUGCGUUGGAAUAGAUAUACUCAGAAACCUAGAAGAAGACAGAUGGGAGGUGUAUUUCAAAUGGAUCACCUUGGUCAUAUUUGUGAUGAUCAUGGGUUCAAUGAUCAUCAUAGAGAUCGCUUAUCCUAGCCAUUUUCCACCUAUGGAUUACACACCUAUGGACAAUGGUCUAUAGAACUAAAAAUAAACAUAGCCUGUUGAUCAUAAGCGACAUCUAAAAACCAAAAUGUUAGGUUUAAAUAUGGACCUAAACUUUAUUAAUUAGUUGAGAAAAACUGUGAUCUCGUAGAUAUGUUUGUAGCUAAAAUAAUUAGUUGUAUAAACAAUUUUGCUGUUUUUGAGAAAGCUCAAAUUUUAAAAAAUAAAAAAAGACUUGAAUUAUUCCCAAACUAGGAUAAGAAAAAAAUAUUCAGCUCAUGUUAUAAUAGUAGUUUAAAGAGAUCGUGAAUAGUUUUUACUAGUCAGAAAUUCAGCUAUUGGAAAACAAAGAUGUAAUAUUAUAACACAGAGAAAUGAGUGUUUACACUAGAAAUCCAUUUAUACUUUUUUCCCAAAUGUAUUCAUCAAUCACCAAGUUCAUCAAAGCUGUAAUAGACUGUAAGAUCAAAUUGCCAUACCUAUUUUUGAUAAGUUAUUACUGUCUUUAUAUUUUUUCAAGUUUUUCAUUCUUAUGAUAUAAUUAGAAGUAAACUGAGAUAUUUUUUGUACAAAUAUCUUUGUGAUCAAAAAAAUUUGUUUUGUACAUUUAUAAAUAAUUUAUUAACAUUUCAAAUGAGAGAAAUUUAAUAUUUUGAGAGACUGUUUUAUUAUAAUUUCCGAAUAAAAUAAUGUUUUCACAUUUUAUUUAA